CCUCUUGGCGGCCGCAGAAGCCCUUCUUACAGGUGGACUAUAGAAUUAGCCCGAACCCGAACUCCUGCGGACUUGGCAGUCCCUCUAUCUCUUCCCAAGCAACAUCUGCAUCUGCAGCUUUUUGCUAGUCAUUUGCGAGUGCUUACUUUUUGCAGGGCGGCCGUUUUGCACCUCCACACACGCGUAUGGCGGUUUUGCCUCUGUGGAGCCUAUUUUUUACCUCUUCGCUACCAACGGGUGGCGUCUUCCAUUUCCCUAGGUGGUCGUAGCUAA